GACUGCGGUGGCUAGUGCGGGUUUGGUGGCGGGACCCGGCAGUCCCCUGCCCCGCAGAGGGGGUGGUGGCGGAGGUGGCGGCGAUGGUGGUGGCGGCCUGUCGACGACGCCUCGCUCGCCGCCUAGUGCGGGAAAGAGGAGUGGCGGUGGUAGCGGCAGCGGCGGCAAGCACUCGCUCCAAUCGGGUCUGGGGCAGUUCUUCCGGCAGUCCGCCCGCUGCCUGGGCUGCAAGCAGGUGCUGCCCCGUGACUGCGGUGGCGGUGGUGGCGACUUGGCCUCAGCUCCCGGGCUGUGCGGGGCGUGCUUGCGGGAGCCAGACACUCUGCCCGCAACCCACCUUCGCACCCUGGCCGACGACAACACCGCCUUUACGCAGCUCGCCUCCGCACUCGCCACCUGCCUCACCUGCCACUCCGGCGGCCAUGCGGCGGGGGCGCUGCUGUGUGAGAACGGCGAGUGUCCGCAGCUGUUCGCCCGGCUGGGGGCUGUGAGGCGACUGGCGGCGAGUGGGGAGAGGUUAGAGCGGCUGGACCUGUGUG